CGGUUCCGGUCCCGGCUCGGUGGCGGCGGCGCGCGCGGCGGUGUCCGCCCGCCAUGCGAUGUCCGCGCUCAACUGGAAACCCUUCGUGUAUGGCGGGCUCGCCUCCAUCGUGGCCGAGUUCGGCACGUUCCCCGUGGACCUCACCAAGACGCGGCUGCAGGUGCAGGGCCAGAGCACCGACGCGCGGUUCCGCGAGGUGCGGUACCGGGGCAUGUUCCACGCUCUCUUCCGCAUCUGCCGCGAGGAGGGCGGACGGGCCCUGUACUCGGGGAUCGCCCCGGCACUGCUGAGACAGGCGUCCUAUGGCACCAUCAAGAUCGGCAUCUACCAGAGCCUGAAGCGGCUCUUUGUGGAUCGCAUGGAAGAUGAAACGUUGCUCAUCAAUGUGAUCUGUGGGGUGGUCUCGGGGGUCAUCUCUUCUGCACUGGCCAAUCCCACAGAUGUGCUGAAGAUCCGAAUGCAGGCUCAGGGCAGCUUGUUCCAGGGCGGGAUGAUCGGCAGCUUCAUUGACAUCUACCAGCAGGAAGGCACCCGAGGCCUCUGGAGAGGUGUUGUCCCCACGGCCCAGCGAGCGGCCAUCGUGGUGGGGGUGGAGCUGCCAGUCUACGACAUCACCAAGAAGCAUCUGAUCCUGUCAGGCCUCAUGGGGGACACCAUCUUUGCCCACUUUGUUUCCAGCUUCACGUGCGGGCUGGCGGGAGCCAUCGCCUCCAACCCCGUGGACGUGGUGCGGACGCGGAUGAUGAACCAGCGCGCCAUCGUGGGCAGCACCGAGCUCUACAAGGGCACCCUGGAUGGCCUUGUCAAGACGUGGAAGAGUGAGGGCUUCUUUGCACUCUACAAAGGCUUCUGGCCCAACUGGCUUCGUCUGGGUCCCUGGAACAUCAUUUUUUUUAUCACAUACGAGCAGUUGAAGCGCCUCCCCUUCUGAGAGCUGCCUUCAUCUCACCAGAGUCAUCCUCAGGGCUGGCAGCAGGGCUGUGCUGCCGCCUCCCUCUUCAUCCCACUGUCCCCAUGUCGUGGUGUUUGGUCCCUGUGGGCUGGGCUCUCCCCACAUGCAUGGUCCCUGGAGCACGAGCUGCCUGGCAAUGGGGGCAGCAGCUGUGUGUUUCCCACCCGGAGGUGUCGUGUGCCUGGGCCUGCAGGAAUAUCUUCUGUGAAGAUCUGUGUGUUCCAGUGGCCUUUGGGGCACUGUGGCUCGUGGCUGGCAGGUGUGGGUCUCCUCCCGUGCCCGUGGGGUGGGGCCCAUGAAGGUGCAUUGUCAUCAUGUUUCUUGCAGAACUUGUAACUUCAUUAAAUUAUUUAUUGACUGGA